AAGACCCCAGCCAUGAGACUUCUCUUCCUGGCCAUCCUGGGCGCCUGCUGCCUCACCGCAUGCAUUGUAGCAGGGGUGGGCAAUGAAGUCCCAGAGAGCAGUAUCUGUGUAAGCCUAACAACCCAGAGACUACCAGUGAGCAGAAUCAGGACCUACACCAUCAAGGAGGGCCCCGUGAGAGCAGUGAUUUUUAUUACCAGACGUGGCCUUAAAGUCUGUGCUGACCCAGAAGACAAGUGGGUGAAAGCAGCGGUCAAAAGCAUAGACAGAAAGUCCAACACCAGAAGAGACAGAAUUGAGCUCAGCCCUACCAGAACUCAGCAGUCCACCCAGACAGCGGUGUCCCUGUCCUGAUAGAGGCCUUCCAGUGC